CUUUCUCAUCAUAAGGUCACUAGGGUCAUUACCCUCAUUGCAAGAUUUUUUUUAGAAAAAGUAACGUGGUUUCAUACCUUUAAAGCCAAUUCUUCCUGUUAAGCAUCUGUAACAGGGAAAAGAGAAGCAUCAUUCAAAACCAUAGAAGGAAAGCAAGAUUGAAGGCUAUCUUUGAACAAAGGGUUAUGUCGAUACAUAAACAAACUUUGGAGCAGCAAGAAGCCCAAAUGCUGCGAUUGAAGAACUCAGGAUUGAUCAAUUGUAAUGCAAGUCCUUUAGUGAACGAUGAAAAAGAAGAGGAGAUGACAAGAUCAGCUCUUGCAGCAUUCCGUGCUAAGGAAGAAGAAAUCGAGAGAAAGAAAACCGAGAUCAGAGAGAGAGUCCAGGCUCAGUUAGGCCGUGUUGAGGUAGAAACCAAGAAGUUGGCUGAAAUUCGCGAAGAGCUUGAAGCUCUAACAGAUCCAAUGAGGAAAGAAGUUUCACUUAUACGCAAAAAGAUCGACCUGAUUAAUCGAGACUUGAAGCCAUUGGGACUAAGCUGCCAGAAGAAGGAAAGAGAGUACAAAGAGGCCCUCGAGGCUUUUACCGAGAAGAACAGGGAAAAGGCUCAGCUGAUUACCAAAUUAAUGGAGUUGGUAUCUGAAAGUGAGAAACUGAGGAUGAAGAAACUGGAGGAACUGUCCAAGAAUAUGGAGUCCCUUUGCUGAGAUAUGUUAACAGCGCGAUUCAAGAACUUAUUGAUGGAAAUUAGUACUGUAAUCAUUAUUUUUUUGUUGGAAUCUGUUUUUGUAUUUUACCAGUUCUUUGGAACUUAUCUUCUGGAUUAUGUUUGAAAUAACCCUUCAGUUAAUUUUUCAGAUUUACACAAAAUUCAGGACCUUAGAACACUUAAAUCUUUACCAAAUGAGAGAUAUAUCGGUUAAAAUUUAUAAUGCUUCAGCUUCUUUGUUGUAAUCCUUGGCAGCUAAAAUUAUUGCAC